AUGCCACGUCUUCCUCCUGCCCUGAUCCGCCAGGCGACCUUCCAAAAUCCUCUCCUGACCCUCCUCCUCCGAGUAUGUCGCGACCUCCCUUCUGCUCGCAACGAGCUUCGCUGGCUCCGAGAACACGCUCGCGAUGUCGUCAAUACAAAGAGAUACACUAGUCAUGAGGCUUCCACCUCUGUCCUUCCCGCCUCGACGGCCCAAGUCGAAUCCGUCCGAAUUCGAAAGCACGAGGUCAAAAAGUUUACUGUGCGCACAGUCAAAGUUCCGACGGAGCGCACGCCAAUUCGAACUUAUAACGUCGGAGAAAUUUCUAGCUUGAGAGCAGAAGGACUGAGACCCAGUAUUCGCAAGGUUCCAACGCAGAAUGAGCACGACAACGUUCGCACCUCGAAACCUGCGAAAAUCCGGACGUGGCACGACGAUGGUGUCCGUGAGCUGAGAUUGCGCUCUCAGUCUGACGAGGUUCUGAUCACUGGCGAAUCAAACGAACAUGUGCAGGUGCAAAAGAUUCUCGCUGAGAAUGUGGGCAAGAGAUCAAAAGGCAUGCCACUACAAUACAUCAUCGGCAACCAGCCAUUCGGCAACCUCGACAUACUUUGCCAGCGUCGUGUCUUGAUUCCGAGGCCUGAAACAGAGAUGUACACUGAAAAAGUCGGCAACUUGCUAUUGUCGGCACUAAAUUCUAUAUAUUCAUCGACUGAGCCGAGCUCGCAGAGUCGCAAGAAGUUCCGAAUCUUAGAUCUCUGCACUGGGUCCGGAUGCAUAGCCCUGCUACUCCAUUCGGUACUCAAGCCUCCUGGGAGACUCUGCGAUAACACGGCCAUACCUCCAAAUAUCGGUAUCGAGAUCCUCGGCGUCGACAACAGCCCGGACGCCGUUUCUUUGGCCCGAACGAAUCUGAAACACAACAUCUCACAAAAGUUGCUGCAUCCCGACGCGGCUAAUGAGGUGUCCUUCCACAAUGUAGAUGUUCUAGCCUUGGCAAAGAAAGGCGGUGACGGUGACGAUAGGCGGCACCAUGUACGCAACGUCCUCAACGGCGCUGCGGCUGACGUCGGCGAGGACGAUGACAGUUACUCGCCAAGUGAGUCCUGGGACAUGAUCAUCGCCAACCCUCCAUACAUAGGCCCCAAAGAUUACGAGCUUGGUGGAAAGACGGAGCCAAGCGUGCGUGACUACGAGCCCAAACAGGCGCUGGUCCCCGGAUUUGCUCGAGGUCAAGAUUCGUAUUACCGGUAUCGAUCCUCCUCAAUCCUUGUGGCCGACCUGUUUUAUUGGCCGCUCAUGCGCAUCGCAAGAGCUGUCGACGCCAAACUCCUGGUCAUGGAAGUCGGCGACUCGGAGCAGGCGUCCCGUGUGUGCAAGCAGGUCUUCAACAACUACAGCCCAGAUACCGCCUCCCCAAGCCAGUUCCGGCCGCGACUCGAGACGUGGAGAGAUGACGGAUCCGUGAGGAUAAUCCCCACUCAGCCGUCUUCUAAUUUUGACGCCGGUUUCGAAGAAGCGACGGAUCCAGAUAUUGCGGAUCGCGCGGUCGUCGUCUGGACGGAUCAGAUGGCCGCCUGGCGUCGCGAGACUCUCCCUGCUUCUAACCCCGAAUUCGACAAAACAUCACCAACUGACUGA